AAACACUCUAUUAAUUAGCCAAAAAAAAUCAACAAUAAUAAUGAAGAAAUUUCUUUCUAUGAAGUCUUUCUCAAGAUCAAGAUCAGUUGUGGUGGUCCAUGAUGAAGAUGAUGAAGCUGCUCAUGAUGAAAAAUACGACAAUGAAAAGGAUGUCGUUUUGACAGUGUGGAGAAAAUCACUGUUAAUGAGUUGCAAUGGUUUUACAGUGAUCGAUUCACAUGGAAAUCUGAUUUACCGUGUUGAUAAUUACAUGAGAUUUCGACCACAAGAAAUUACUCUCAUGGAUUCCUCUGGAAAAUCUAUCCUCACAUUCAACCAUCGUCCUACGAAGCUUGGACUUGUGGAUAGUUGGGUUGUGUACGAAGGAGAAAGAUCAAUUGAUGUUGAUCAUAAUAAGAAGAAGAAGAUUAAUGUUAUUAGAAGAUCAAAAUCAUUAUCAUCAACAUCAAAAAAGCCAAUUUUCUACAUAAAAAAGAACAUCAAUUAUCUUUACAAGUCAUCAUCAUCAUCACAUGUUCUUGCCCACGUGUUUCGAUGUGGUUCGUCCGAUAAGAAUACUAAAAGAUCAUCAUCAUCAUCAUCAUCAUGUGGUGAUUACGUGAUUGAAGGCUCUUACACUGAAAGAUCAUGUAAAGUGUUAGAUAAAUGGUGUAAUAAUAAAGUGGUUGCUGAAAUUAGAAGAAAACAAGAAUGUGUUAGUGGAAUUUCCUUUGGUAAUGAGGUUUUUCACCUUAUUGUUCACCAUAAUUUUGAUCCAACUUUUGCUAUGGCUUUUCUAAUGUUGUUGGAUCAAAUGUUCUCUUGAAUUUUUUUUCAUUAGUUAUUACUAAUUAGCUUAGCUAGAUUAAUAGAUUAUUUAGAUAAUAUUUAGUUAAGCUAGAAUUUUGACAAAUUAUAAAAGUCCAUCAUGAUUUCUUUUUUCAUGGAAAAGAAUUUGUGAGUAUGGUGGGUUUCGUAUGCAGUACGCAAUAUUGUAAAUUAAUUUAUUAGCAAAUAAAUAAUUAUAAUUAUUAUUUUUAA